AUGAAGUUCACCCCAGGUUGCCGCAUGAGACAGCCGCAGCUGCACCCCGCACCGCUUGACCGAGACGUCACACUGGCACAGGGGCCAACGGUGUGGCACACCUCCAUCUCUGGACCGACAUUGUGCGAGCCCCGGAUCUUUGUGUUCGGCCACAUUCCCUGGAACAUCACCGUCGUCAACUCAGCUCCUAUGGACACCUCACAGCCUGACGCACAAGGCAUGGCGUCUAAGCGAGUCACUAAGGCCUGUCACCACUGUCGCCAAAAACGGCUUAAGUGCACCACCGCUCAGUACCCAUGCCCGAACUGUCAGCUAUACGGCGCCGAAUGUGUCUAUCCAACAGGCACGACAGCCUCACGGCGGAGGCGGAAUGGGCCCAGCGGACGACAACGAGCACAUCGGGCGGUGUCCAAUCCACCGGAUUCUCCGACCCCGAGCUCCGUCUUGAACCGCCUCGACCCUACGUUACCAAUUCACCCACAAGAUGCAGACAAUCCAUUGGACGGGAUACUUCCCCAGGAUGUCCCGCCACCGGACGACUUGAUGGACUUCUGGAACGAGACUUUGGACUUGUCAUGCGCAGUUGUGUUUGAAGGGCUGCAACCCUCACCCAAUUCUACAACUAAAGGCCCCGCGUCCCAAGCCUCGCCUUCACAACGUGGUAACCGCGAGGCUGGUGGGAAGGUCUCUGGUGUGGAGUCUCUGGCUGUCGGCGAUAGUCGAGGAGAUUCCAACGAGCGAAUUCUGCCCGGGCUUUUCAUAAGGAAAGACACCGUCAACAGUAAUUUUAUCGGUCUCAACUCCACCGGAGCCACCAUCGCCUUUUGUAUGAGAGAGUCUCUCAAAAGCCCCCCUGGUCUCUUGCGCUCUGUCGGUCUGGAUUUCCUUAUUGAAGCUGGAGUUCAUAUCGACGAAGCCGGGGUCCCUAACAGCGCGGGGACCGAUUUGCAGCAUCUGCCAGAAAAGUCUGUUGCGGGGGCCGCGAUUGAGGUCUUCUUCGAUGCCGUCCACCCGUUGUAUCCAGUAAUCGACAAACCAUCGUUUGGUUCUGCUUGGCCCCAAUUAUACGAGCCACAUUCUACGAACCCGGAUCGCGAUCUGCUCUCGGUUUUCUGCCUGGUCGUGGCUGUCGGCGACCUGAACGCUAAAUCGGCAGUUGAAAAUGCUCCUCAGGCAGGAGGAACAUCUCAGAGCCUCUACCAAAAGAGCUGGGACAUGUUGCACGAUUGUCUUGCCGUACCUAAUGUCAGCACCGUGCAGAUCCUGCUACUACACGUGAGUGAGAAAUCCAUGGCCAUGUAUGUCUUCUUCGCUAAAGUAUCCCAGGUCAUCUUUCACCUGCAGUGUAGCAAGGCAGGCUUUGCUUGGGUCCUCUGUGGACUGGCUAUCCGCGUGGCACAAGCUGUUGGACUACAUCGGCGGAGCCCCGAAGACCUCGACCUGAGCGAAGAAGAUGUAAGGUUGAGGUCUCUGCUUUGGUGGGUCGCGUAUCGUCUGGACGGAGUUUUAUCCAUUACUCAGGGCAGGCCAGCCUCAGUAAACCCUUCGAGUUCCGACAUGGAUUUCACACCAUUGCUCCCGCAUGAGAGCCAUGGACAACCGCAACCUACGACAGCCCUACAUGCAUCCGCAUCGGAUGUCUACGCCUGGAGCUCUAAGCUCUCUCAGAUACAGCACCGUUUCUGCAACUCCACCAAUCAGGCAAGCACCACCGUUUCAAUGCUCACCGAACUCGGGAACAUCGACACGGCACUGCUGUCAUGGUGCCACGAUAUACCGAUGGACUGCCGACCAGGAGAAGAAAUCGUGUCGCCAGGCAACACCGGACAGCUCCUUGUAACUCUCCAUUUGGACUAUUUCAAUAUGGUGCGCUCCGUCCACUGGGCGUCUUUGACCUGUGCUCAUGCAAAGCGCAAUGUGGUCACGUCACAUCCGAACCCCCGCAUUCGAGGGAGCGAGGCCAUAUGUUUGUCCGCAGCCAGGUCUUUCAUAAAAACAUUGAACGACGCCACAACUCGCCCGGAUAACAGCAGGUACAACAUUCUUUGCCCGCAAACCGAUUACCUGAUGGGUGCAAUUUCUGUCCUAUACCGGAACAUCUUCAAAUACCCGCAUCGAAUGUCAGCCAAGGCCGAUGUGGAACACCUCCGCGCCGGGAAGAUCCAUUUUGAGCAGCACGCAAGUUCAGCGGAUAUGAUGACAACGCUUGAUAAGUUGUUCCAAGCGAUGCUAACAUCCGCUGAGAAAGUGACCGCGAAAGAGCCUACACCCGAUGCCAUGUGUACUAUAACAGUAGCAGAGCCUUCGUAG